CUGAAUCGCAACAGCACCGCGAGUCCCUCGCAAAGUAUGGCCGUCGGUGGAGGGGCUGCUGGAGGUGGUGGUGCCGGUGGCAAUGCAGCUGCCUCGUUGAUGCUCGAUGGUACGAAAGACUAUGAAGAUGGAUACACUUCCAUGUCGGGCAUGCAGUACUCGGCCAACAUACUGGACGAUCCGGAGCUGAUCGCGGGCAAACAUCGCACGCUGCUGACGUUCACGUCCUACGUGACAUCCGUCAUCGACUACGUGCGGCCAUCGGAGCUGAAGAAGGAGCUCAACGAUCAGUUCCGCGAGAAGUUCCCGCAGAUUCAGCUGACGCUCAGCAAGCUCAGAAGCAUUAAGCGUGAAAUGAAACGUAUCAACAAGCUGGACAGCCGCAUCGAUUUUCUGACCAUCUCGCAGGCAUACGUGUACUUCGAGAAGCUCAUCCUGUCGAAGCUGGUGAACAAGGAAAACCGGAAGCUGUGCGCCGGCGCCUGUCUGCUGCUGAGCGCCAAGCUGAACGACAUCAAGGGCGAAGCGUUGAAGAGCUUGAUUGAGAAAACGGAAAGCGUGUUCCGUCUGAACCGCAAGGAGCUGAUUGCAUCGGAGUUUGCCGUGCUGGUAGCGCUGGAGUUCAGUCUGCACGUGUCGACGAGCGAAAUCCAUCCGCACUAUCAACGGCUGAUGUACGAAUCCUGAGAGGCAACGAGGACAAUCUGGCAGCACCAGCGACUCCAGCAACCGUAUCAUCUCUGGCGUGUCAAACCUUUCUAAACAAGUCACCGGAAUAUCUGUGAAGCGCGUGAUACGUAACUCGUACGACGGGGCAUUUAGCAAGAUUCCUUUCUGUCGAACGUUGUAUCGGACUAGCAACGGAACGUAACGAUGGGAGAGAUUUUUAUAGAGGUGCGUCGUGGAGGCAGGAGAAUAUGAAGAAGUUUGUAGAGUGUAAGAUCAUACUCUGAGUCAAAGACUGUAUCGCCACUUGAGUGCUACCAUUUUUUUUUUGCUACCGAGAUUUGCUGUAAGGAAAUACAACGAAAAGCAAAAGAGGGUCUAAAUGGGGUAAAGGGGAAACUCAGAAUGCAUUGCAUGAAUACACCAUAGGUCAGUAAGAAUGUAUUACGAUCCCCCUUAAGCAUCACUUCACACACAUAGAGUAUCGCGAGGGCAGGCGUCUGUGUAGACUCGAUCCCAAGAAAGGGACGACCAAUCCCGUUUGCACCAUCAACCACCAUCCGCCUUUUCUUAGCAACACAAUUAGAAGUAGGCACUGAUUACUAAAUAAGCAAGCAUGGAUUACCUGGAUUGUAGCGAUGAUACCUCAAGAAGCGGCAGGGCGCGGAUGUAUGAUAUGAUGAUACCAAGCUGAUAAUAGCAUGCACUCAACCCUGUACCCGAUUCCCGAUUUAGCUCACCCCCCUGGUGCACCACCGUGGACCUUUUAGCCUCUGAACUGUUUUUGGUACUUACACGAAACGAAACAAGGAUGUUCAAUCUGAUGUACUUUAGCGUUGCUUCACUCGGAACGACGAAUCCCCCCCCCCCCCCCACCCUCCCUCCUAAACCUAGGCUGUAAACUGUGCGUAUGUGCUGCUGCGUGUGAUCAGUUUUGUUCAUUUUUGUCUAAAUUUUAGGUUUUUUUUUACAUUUGUGUUUUUGCUUGUUUUACUUACUGCGAUCGAUCGUUCUGAACGAAGAAAGAAGAGGGCGGACUUUUGAAUGUUUUUAAAACGGAAAUCGCAUACUCGCUCAUGUACUUCAUUCGAUGAUCAGCUCAAGAGAGUAGUUAAUUUAAUGGUGUGUUUUGUUUCCUUUUUUUCAAUAAUAUUUGAUCGUAUACCUUACCCGCCAUGCGUUGAGUUGGAGUUGAGUUAUGUUUAGCGUUCUUUUUUCGGAGUCGGAAUGAAGUUACGAACAUUUAACCGUUGAUAGUGUAGAGCCUAGCAUCUGUAGACCUGGAUAAAUCCGAUAGAAUGGGAUACAAUCAACUUGAGAUAAAUAAAAAAAUACAAUUAAAUGACAA